AGUAAGUGAACCACUCAGUGGGCGCAGUGCUUGGGUUGAUGGAAUUCCUCUGUGGAAAGAUGGUUUUGGCUUUUUUUGUCCUCAGCAGAGCUGAAAUCUGUCCCAAUCUGUAGUAAACUUUUAUGCCCACGUGUCAUGUCCAUAAUCCUACAAGAUAACAGACUCAGCACCUAAGGUACCUGACACAUAGUCAGUAUUUUUGGAGAACUAGCAUGUCUUGGGAAUUAGAGCUGUAGGUAGGUAGUUGGUUGCUCAAAGCAGAGAUAAUCCACUUGUUCCUUGUCCUCCACUGUACUUUACCUGUUGCAUGUGUAAUGUGUGCAUCCUUGCAGCAAUAGCUGGUCAACACUCUUCAUCCCUUGUCAUCUUCCAUUCAUUAAAGUACCCUUUGUGAUCCACUGUGCAUCCCCUCGGCCCUGCCGGGCUGUUCACAUGUUGUGUCUGCACAGAUACACAAGGUUUGUGGGCCACUUCUUGGAGUGAGCAGAUAAACAUUUCAUGAAAGUCUAUCGAGUGAACUGUUACAUCUUCACUGACAACCCUGAGACAGUUCCCAAUGUCCAGCUGCAACCUGGUGAAGGUUUGUUUGUCCCCAUGAAGAAAUAGUCUAGCUGGCAAGAGAUCUCCAUGCGCAGGAUGAAGGCCAUGAGCAAGCCCAUAGCAGAAACGAGCCAUUAGGUGGACUACCUCUUCUGCCUGGGCAUUGUCAUGGUGUUCCACAAUACCUGGGGGCCUGAGACCCUGGGUGAUACAGUAGCAGCCAUACACCUGGGCUAUUUCAAUGUCCUUCGAAGCCAGUUCUCUUAUGAGAGGAGGAGCUCUUCUGCAAUCUACAUCCCUGAUGGAGAAGGGGACUUCUACUACGGAGGAGCCAUGUUUGGAGGCCUGGUCAAGAAAGUGUAUGAGUUCACCAAGACUUGCCAUAUGACCAUCCUGACAGACAAAGCCAAUGAGAUCAUGGCAGCCCAGCAGGAAGAAAGCCAUAUCUCAACAGGCACUUCCUUUCACAAACCCUCCAAGGUCCUUUCUCCAGAGUAUUUAUGGGAUGACAGGAAGACAAAGCCCCCUGAAAUUCACCUCAUAUGUUUUUCCACAGUGGAUAAGAACUACAAAGAGAUACGAGAUUGACCAUCUGAUCCUUGCAGAGAUAUUCUCCACACAAUCAAACCCAUGGAUUAUUAGCUCCCACAGAGUACGCCUCACCAUGAAUUUUUGUUCCCAGUGUGAACGAACCGAGAAAGGAACAUGUGAAUAGUUUCUCUGGAGAACAGGAGUCUCAGUGCAUUUCAGAGCAGCAGCCAAAGUGGAGGUGAGAAUGAAAAGGUUUCUAGGUCCCUAGUCUUUGUAAAUAGAAGCAUCCCACUUGAGGCUGCAGCACACAAAAAGGCAUCCAAAUGGCCAGUUAUCAAAUGUAAGGCUGUCCUUUUAGUGAGGCUGGAGAUGCCUUUGCCUGAGUGCUUUCCUGAGGCGUAGCAGAAACUUAGAAAGAUCAAAAUGGUAUUUGACAUUCCUGUGGAGAAGGAGAAGACCUAGAGUUUUAGUAAGGACCUUUUCACUUAAAAAAAUGAUUUUGCAGGGCAAUGAAUUUUUAUGCAUUAUGAUUUAAACUCACGCCCUUUAUCCAGAUCAGGAGGAAACUUGUGCUCAGAACAAGUCAUCCCUGAUUAAUGUGCAGCAGGAUUUCUUGGACCUUCUCAGCAGAGAGCUGGUACCAGCCAUUGCCAGUAAGAACCCUGGCCUGACAGGACAAAUAGUGUGAAUUCAUAUAGCAGUUAUCUUCCAAAUUCCAAUCUGUGUUAUGGAAACCUGAGUUUAGACAGAACUGGCACAGCUCAGACCCAGACUGAAAUUCCUUGGGUUUAUUUCAAUCACAGAUGUGCUCUGAACCUUUUCCCCAGUUCACAUGUCUCUGUAUAUCUUGUAAUCUUUUCCAACACAGAAAAUCUGGUAUUGAGAGGUUCAUGUUCCUAUCCAUUGCUUCAGUCCUUUCCAACUUUUCUAAGCUCUGUGAAAUAAAUUGGCUAGAAGCUGCUGGAACUGACAGUAAGGGCUGAUGCCUUUCCAGCAAACGGGGUGAUUUCAUUUCAUAAUGAAAUGCUCUAGUGAAACCGUGAGUUCAGUCUAGAGCUGGCAGUAGGCUGGGGUUAACAUUUUCUUUGCGUGAAUGCGAUGAGAAGCUGAACGGGGUGUUUUGCAGCCUUUAAAACCUGACAGCUCACUUGGGUGAACAGGAGAGACGGGGGGGGUCCAAACACAGGGGAACAGCCACGGCUUGCCAACGACGACUGCAUAAUUGUCAACUGAGGUCACAGCAUGGAGGCUCACGUGCCACCUCCCUCGCUGCAGCACGUCUGGCAGAAACAUCUCCUCCGUUACCUCCCGAGGCAGGCUACCGAAGGGCUGUGCAGCUCCGUGCCAUGCUCUUUUAAUGUCAGGAGGGAGAGAGACCACGGGGAGCA